ACAAACAAAACAAUGGAUUCAACUAGCACAAUUGAGAACUCAUGUAGUACGUCGGUGGCGCCACCUUCAACCUCCAUUAUUUCCCCGGCGGAACCUCUGAGCCGAUUGGGAAGCGGAAUCACAGAGGUGGAAUCCGCCCGGAAGCUCCCCUCUUUGAAAUUCAAAGGCGUGGUCCCCCAGCCCAACGGCCGCUGGGGGGCUCAAAUCUACGAGAAGCACAAGCGCGUGUGGCUAGGGACCUUCAACGAAGAAGACGAAGCCGGCCGCGCCUACGACGUCGCCGCCCAGCGCUUCCGCGGCCGCGACGCCCUCACCAACUUCAAACCCUUGUCGGAGACCGAAGACAACUCGGAGCUGUCGUUUCUGCGGUCGCGGUCGAAGGCGGAGAUCGUGGAUAUGCUCCGCAAACAUACUUACGCCGACGAGCUAAGCCGGCGGAGAAGUUUGGAGUACUGCGAUGAGACGGAGGGUAAUAAUAAUAAGAAAAUGGGCGAAGAAGGAGAGCGGCUUUUCGAGAAAGCCGUGACUCCGAGCGAUGUGGGGAAGUUGAACCGGUUGGUGAUCCCGAAGCAACACGCCGAGAAGUACCUGCCAUUGCCCACUACUACUUCAAAGGGAAUUCUCCUAAACUUGGAGGACAAAAACGGGAAAGUGUGGCGAUUCCGGUACUCGUACUGGAACAGCAGUCAGAGCUACGUGCUGACGAAAGGAUGGAGCCGGUUCGUGAAGGAGAAAGGGUUGAGAGCUGGGGACGUUGUCAGCUUCCGGAGGUCCACCGGACAGGAUAAGCGCCUCUACAUUGACCGGAAUCCGCCAGCUCAGCAGCCACUUGUCAAAACGGUGAGACUCUUUGGAGUGAACAUAUGUAGUAGUAACACGGUGCCACCUGUCGGGCGGAAGAGGAUGGGGGAGACGGACUUGUUUUUGCCAUUGGAAUGUAGCAAGAAGCAAAGGGUUAUAGAUGCAUUGUGACAAUUAGGACUUGUUUUUUAUUUCCAUAUUUUUAGACUCUUUUUUUAGAUGGUGGGGAAAGGGCGGGUCCCCGGUAUAAGGCCAUGCAACAAGUUGUGAAGUUCUAUUGCAUAUUAGUGAUCAAGUAGAUUAAACAAAACUAAUUAAGUGAUGAAUGAAAUAGAACAAA